UGCUGUUUCCCAGGAACACAUCAGGAUGCCUGAACCCGCAAAAUCUGCGCCCAAGAAGGGCUCCAAGAAAGCCGUGACCAAGACGGCCGGUAAAGGAGGCAAGAAAAGGAGAAGGACCAGGAAGGAGAGCUACGCCAUCUACGUCUACAAGGUGCUGAAGCAGGUCCACCCCGAUACCGGCAUCUCGUCCAAGGCCAUGAGCAUCAUGAACUCGUUUGUCAACGACAUCUUUGAGCGCAUCGCCUCCGAGGCUUCCCGUCUGGCUCACUACAACAAGCGCUCCACCAUCACCUCCAGGGAGAUCCAGACGGCCGUGCGCCUCCUGCUGCCCGGUGAGCUGGCCAAGCACGCCGUGUCUGAGGGCACCAAGGCGGUCACCAAGUACACCAGCUCCAAGUAAACCUGCUGUUUACCAUCUAAACCAC